AUGCUUUUCUCGUACACAUUCAGAAACUUGUUCUUCUUCUGCUAUCUCUUGCUGUCAUCAACGACUGUGCCACAAUACCAGAGUCGUAGGGAAGAUGAUGGCUACGUAAACUGCCACUACACCUACAAUUGUGGGAACUUUGAUAUACCCUACCCUUUCUGGGGAGAAAACCGACCCGGUUACUGUGGAAGGGAUGGUUUCAAGGUCAAGUGCCUGCCCUCUAACUUACCUUCCAUUCAAAUCGGCUCCCAAAACUUCACCUUGACGGGUAUCAAUCAAGAUCGUUGGAUUGUAAAAAUGGUCCGAACAGACAUUCCCAGCUACGAUAAUUGUUCUUUCCAUUUCACCAACACUUCAUUGGACCCCUCUCUGUUCUCCUUCGACACAUCUGUCGUGAACAUGACCCUGUUCUAUGACUGUGAUCCCGGGAUUUCCAUCGGCCAAAACAACAUCACGUGCAUGGAUGAUAGUAAAAAACAGGCUUUCUUCGUGAUGAAUCAAGAUCAUCAGUCAGGACGAUUAUUCACGGAGAUUUCUCAGCACUGUGGAAUUCAACUUGUGGUGCCGAUUACAAUGGGCGUCACUGUGGACCCUUUUGGUGGAAUUGAAUCGCUGAGGGCUGCUUUGGAUAUGGGAUUUGAUGUGCAGUAUCUCGCAAACUGGAGUUACUGCUCACUAUGCAUGCAAUCUGGAGGAAUUUGUGGAAGCGUCCGUGACAAUGGAUCUCUAUUUUCUUGUCAUUGCCGAGACGGAUCUUAUGACUUUGUGUGUCCUAAUCUUGCAAACAUUUAUCCACCAUGUGUCAUGGCAGGUUUUACAAGUGGAGCAACUGCAACACUUUUAAUCUGCAUUACUAUCUUCCGUUGUAAAAUCAGAUCAUUGAGGCAGAAGAUAAGAUUCUGGAAGACAUCUAAGGUAGACCAACAAAUGGAGGCCUUCAUUAGAAAUCAAGAGCCUUUGGCUCUCACAAGAUAUAGAUUUGAAGAUGUCAAGAAAAUGACCAAAUCUUUCCAAGUUAAAUUGGGAGAAGGUGGUUAUGGUACUGUAUACAAAGGCAAGCUACUCAAUGGCUGCCCUGUUGCUGUAAAGAUGUUGAAUCCAUCCAAAGGAAAUGGGGAAGAAUUUGUCAAUGAGGUCGCCAGCAUCAGUAGAACUUCUCAUGUUAAUGUUGUUUCCCUCCUUGGAUUUUGUUUGGAAGGCGAGAAAAAGGCUCUCGUAUAUGAAUUUAUGCACAAUGGAUCUCUUGACAAAUUUAUCCGCAACAAGGAAAAUAAAACUAAUUCAUCCUUGACUUGGGAAAAAUUGUACCAAAUUGCAAUUGGAACAGCUCGAGGACUUGAAUACCUGCAUAGGGGAUGCAACACUCGAAUCCUACACUUUGACAUAAAGCCACAUAAUAUCCUUUUGGAUGAAAGCUUUUGUCCAAAGAUCACAGAUUUUGGACUUGCUAAAUGUUGUCCCAAGAGAAGGAGCGUAAUUUCACUUUCAGAAGCUAGAGGGACUCUUGGAUAUCUUGCACCAGAAGUUUGGAAUAGAAAUAUAGGCGGAGUUUCUUAUAAAUCUGAUGUUUAUAGUUAUGGAGUGAUGCUAAUAGACAUGGUUGAAGUGCAGAAGAACAUAUCUAUCGAACCCAAUGACCCAACUGAUGAGAAUUAUGUUCUCGAUUCUAUUUAUGAUAAACUCGAGCAAGGCGUAGAUUUGGGUGGGGCGAGCACCAAAGAUCAAGAAAAUGGUAUUGCAAAGAGAAUGACCAUCGUGGGUUUGUGGUGCAUGCAAACAUUUCCCACUCAAAGACCUACAAUGAGUAGAGUGAUCGAAAUGUUAGAGGGAAGCCUAGACUCAUUGCCAAUGCCACCAAAGCCUGUAGAACUAUGGGCUAUGAUUGAUGGCCUAACUAUGGCUUGGGAAUAUGGUUUUAGAAAUAUUGAGUUGGAUGUUAACUAUAUGCUAGUUGUGACUCUGCUAUCACAAUAUGCCACUUUGAUGAAAGCCAACAGCCUGGGCAAAUCUCCUGAUUAUUGUGGCCAUCCCAAGUUCAAGCUGGAUUGUCAUGGAUACAAUGCUACAAUCAACAUCACGUCCCAGAACUUUCACGUAAUCGAUCUCAACCUCACCGCUAGGACUCUUCGGAUAGCACGAAUGGAUUUGUGGGAAAAUACGACUAGAGUGAACUCAUCAACUUCUGUGAGAUUUGAUUUCCCAGUACAUGGUGUUCCUCGUGAAGCAUACUUUUGCGGGGUGAGAGUCGGAGCAGGACUGGCCUGGGAUGUAGAACUAGUAUUACCGUUCCUGUUCUGA